AUUACUAAUAAGAUCGCGAAGAAGUAAAACAUAAUAUUUCUGAACGAGGAUGAGAGACAAAAUGGCGGCCUCCUGUUGAAUAAGAUUUGUUUUAUAUUUUGGAAAGUAGUGUUAUCAUAUUAGCCAAUUUUAAUUUGAAUGUAGUAGUUUUUGUAACGAAUAAUAUUGGCUUAGCAUAACUAAGUGUUAUAUCUACGUGCGUCUGUUGACUUGUAGCAGGAAGAGUGAAUAUCACUCUUUUGUUCGAUACUCCGUGAUCAUCAAGAUCGAAUAUUACGAUGAGUGGUGGUGGUGAUAGUAGUUUGGCUGGUGGACGAGAACGGCGACAUAAUGCCGGUAAUCGCAUGUCUAAACUGCUACAAGAAGAAAUAGACGAAGCAGAUGAUUUUUACAAAACAACCUAUGGUGGAUUUGAGGAGGAAUCAGGAGAUGAUGAAUUUGAAAGUGCAGCUGAGGACAGUGAGGAUACGGUGGACUCAGAUUUCAGUGCAUCUGAAGAGGAUGAACCAGUCAGUGACCACGAAGUUGAUCAAAAAGAAAAAAGGAAAAUGAGAGUUGUGACAAAAUCAUAUAAGGAACCAAAAAAGGCACCGAAACCCACAGCAAAAAAAACAAGUGAACCAAAGCCUAAACCUGUACUAAAUGCACAAGGCACUGCUCUACCUGCUGCUCUACCACAAACCAAAGAGUUUUCAUUGAGGAAGUCGACCAGACAACGAACUCAAGAAGCUUCACUACGACAAAAGGAAAGGGAUGAAAAAAGCAAGAAACUACGUGAAAUGCAAGCCAGUAGAAGGGUUCCUGAAAUGAGAAGACUCACCCAAGAAGAGUUACUUGCAGAGGCAAAAGUCACGGAAGAACUUAACUUAGCGUCACUACGUGCAUAUGAAAGAUUAGAACUGGAAAAAAAGAAGAGUAAACUACAGAAGAAAGCAUACAAAGGACCUGUCAUCAGAUACCAGUCUGUUCUUAUGCCAUUGGUUGUAGAAAAACCAAUAGAACCAAUCAACAGUCUGGAAACUAGUGAGUCAGAGACAACCAAAUGGAAAUGUACAAGAAACUUUAUAACAUUCACUGAUGAGGAUUCAUUCAAAUCUUACUUUCCUUGUGUGAAACGUAAAGCCCCAUCCCGACCAUACUGCCCAGUCACCAGACUGCCUGCCAAGUAUCUGGACCCUAUUACCAGUAUACCAUACGCUACUACACAAGCAUUUAAAUGUAUACGGGAAACAUAUGUACAGGAACAGGAGCUGAAAUGUGAUAAAAGACUCACAGAACUGAAUGCAUGGCUUGAGCAGAAAAAGAAACAGAAACUGCAAUUAAAUUGAUUCGUGUGAUUCCCUGCUGGUGAUAAUAGUGCCAGACAUGUGUGCUUGUUGGCACUGACAAUGAACUUGUACCAGUUUGCCUUAAAACUACUACACACCGGGUAAUAGAGAAAGAGCUGCUCAAUGGCAGGAUAUUAUGAGAUUAUGAUUGGAGUACAGUAGUUGUUAAACCAUGGUUACUAGUAACCGUGGUUAAACAGAGAGAUAUCACUGAGAAGAGUACUGUUACUGUAUGUUGAAUUCAGACACCUAAUAUCAUUUUAAGAAUAAUUGUUGAUAUUAUUAUUGAUGUUGAACUCAGUCCAGUUGCGAACAGUUUAUGGGGACACAAGAUUAAUAAAUAGUCUGUUUAUUUGCUUAUGUCUUCUCCAAGGUCUGCAGAGUUGCUGAUUGGUUGCUGUGUCUUAAUGUCUAAUUGACACCAUUUUGAUAGAUUUUCUGUAGCUGGCUGUUUACCUACAUGUAGCUCUGAUUAUACAAACUGAAAUAAUUGAGCACAGAUUACACGACAAUAUACCAUAACCAAUAGCACUUGCAUUACAAAUCUAAUGUAGUUCUAUAACACUUGGACCACAGUUCAAUACAAUAACAAGAGUUGUUAUAUAGCAAAAUGUCAGGUUUAUGGUAAUUUGUGACCUCAUGAAAACCAGUUUUCUAUUUUUGGUGGUGGUUGCCAGAUCUCAAAUCACACAGUGCAGUGAAUUUCCAGAAACCGAAGAGAUUCUCAAUAAAGUUUGCUUAUAAAAAAAUA